AUCAGUCAUGAAAGCUACAUAAUUCCUAGAAACAAUACUGGAUCAACUCUUUUCAACAAAGAUGUAAACAAGAUGUAACAACUGAAGUCCUGAGCUGCAGUCUUCUCUUGGAACCAUCAAAUCCCCAUUCCUUCUGACCCGGAAGUCCCGCGCCAGCAACCUCCCACACAAAAUGGCAAACUCCCCAAGCCCAGCCUCGUCAUCGCGGCUGCCCCGGUCCCGGCCGGCCUCGAUCGACGACCGAGCCCACAGCCCGACCUCCUCCUCCGACAUCCCCGUCGAAGUCCUCGUGGAGCACCUCCUGGCCGCGAAGCGCUCUCUCUCCUCCAUCACCCUCGUCCUCCGCGCCAACGACCUGACCACGCACGCCCGGCGCCUGCACGAGGAGGCCGUGGUGCUCUCGGCGCAGACGGCCUUCCUGCGGCGCGGCGUCGGCGAGCAGGUGCGCAUCCUGCUGCGCCUGCGGCGGGGGAUGGCGAGGGCGUACGAGGCCGGGCGGCGCGAGUUCCGCGGCCUGCUGCGCACCCUCGACGCCGCCGACGGCAGGCUCGAGGGCACCCUGGCGACGCUGCGGGGCACCGUCGUCGAGAGCAUCUUCCGGCCCGAGGGCGAGGAGCCAAAGAGCCUGAUCGACUUUGUCGACGAGAACAGCGUCGAUCGCGUGCGGGACGCGCUGAAGGAGAGCGUUGCAGAGCUGCAGGCCGCCGAGACAUCCUUCGACGGCGAUCUCCUCCGCUUCGACAACGACCUCCGAGCCCUGAACAAGGCCAUGUCCCCCUCCGCGUCAGACCCCACCUCCGACACCCCCUCCGACCUGGCCGCCUACCAGCCGAUACCGCACCUCCUCGCCUCGCUGACGACCCACUCGCACGCCAUGGCCGAGCACCUCAGCUCCCUGACCCGACACUUCGACAUGUGCGUGACCGCCGUGCGGGCCACCGAGGGCGGCGCCGCGCUCGCGCUCCGCAAGGCCGCCGACGAGGUGACGCACGCCGACGGCGGCGGGGAAGCGGUAUCGAUAUCGGGCGUGAUGGCGGAGCGGGAGACCCGCGGCGGCCUGGGCUCGUCGGACGCGGACCUGGACCCGCGGGAGCGCGCCGAGGUGGCGCAGGUGGUGGUGCAGGACGCGCCCGAGGUGGACGAGGUGGUGGCGGAGCUGGAGGCGGCGGUGCGGCGGGUCGAGGCGGACUUCUGCGCGCUUCGGGGUCGGGCGGACCGCGUGCGGGCGGCGCAUUCGCGGACGGCGGCGGCGUUCCGCGCGCUCGACGACGUCGGGUCCCGCCUGCGCGGGUACGCGGCCGCCGAGGCGGAGCACGCGCAGCGCAGGGAGGCGGAGAGGGGGGCCGUGGCGGGGGCGCUGGGGGAGAUGGAGCAGCUGAGGUUGUUUUACGAGGGGUAUGUGGGUGCGUAUGAGAGCCUCACGCUCGAGGUCGAGAGGCGCCGGUUGGUGGAGGAGAAGAUAAGGGGGAUACUGCGCAAGGCGAGGGAUGGCGUGCAUAGGCUCGUCGAGGCGGACCGGAGGGAGAGGGAGGUCUUCCGACAGGAGAUCGGCGACUUCCUGCCUACGGAUUUGUGGGUUGGUAUGGAUGGCCCGCUUCAGAGGUGGGAUCUCGUCCCUGUGGACGAUGCUGCCGAGGCCGGAGGCUCCAAGCCUGGCCUGGGGGAUGACCCGGGCUUAGACCGGAGGGGCGAGGCCGAUACUGCGAGAGAGAGGUUUGGGAGGGGUAAGGGCAAGGGCAAGGGUGUCGAGUCGAGGUGAUUAAUUUUGUUGCACCUCGAGAUCUGUGUUGGAUACUGGCGUUGGUUGGUUCUCUCCUUUUGUCCCUCCUCUCCCUCUCGCGUUCGGUCCAUACCCUUCUCGGCCUGGAGUG